CCGCGGACAGUACACGGACUAUCCGGUAAACAUGCCAUGCUCCCCUGUCAAUACGAUGAAUCUUGGGCAACGGGCACAAUAUAAAGACAUCGUAAGAGAAUGUCUUGUAGUUAUGAGGCUCUCAAUCCCCACCAAGAAGGUAUUCGUGUUGCUUGAUUGGCACUUUUGACAUCAAACACUAGUAACCUCCAGGUACCGCUGAACACGCAUUCGCAAUGGGUCCCCCUAUAGAGCCUCCUCCGAACUACAACAGCUUCCGCUCGUGGCUCGCAGUCGGCGGUUCAUUCCUAGGGUUGUACUGUACAGUGGGCUAUUUCAAUGCCUUUGGAGUGUACCAAGAAUAUUACAGUAGUGGUCUGCUGAAGGCUUACUCGGACUCGGACAUAUCUUGGAUAGGUUCUGCUGCCAUUUUCUUCCUCUAUAUCGGAUCGCCUAUAGCUGGCAUCCUAGUUGACAAAAUAGGUCCAACGUGGUUGUUGAUCAUUGGGAGCAUUGGACAACUAGUCGCCGUAUUCCUCUCGUCACUCUGCAGCCAGUAUUACCAGCUUUUUCUCUCUCAAGCCGUGCUUUUGGGAGCAAGUGCGUCCCUCACCUUGACGCCCCUUACAGCCGUUAUCGCUCGGCGCAUGCCUCAUCGGCGUGGACUCGCAUUAGGCAUUGCUAUCGGUGGCUCUUCUAUCGGAGGCAUCAUCUGGCCAAUUAUGCUCCAGCAGCUUCUCUACGUGCGGGGUGUAAGCUUUGGUUGGACCCAACGAGCUGUCGGCUUCACAAUGUUACCCUUGCUCCUAGUAUCUUGCGUGACUGUGGUUGAUGUCGAUAAACAGCCCAGCAAGCCAACUCCAUCGGUGUCCGAUGCAUCUGAGGCAAGUGUUGUAGACGGAAAUGACGAGGCACCAGUGGAAGAGAAGCAGGAAACAAGCACAAGCCCUUCGAUAUUCAGCAUUUUCAAAAACCUCACCUUCGUCCUACUGUGUCUGGCAUUAGCUAUCACGUACCUCGGACUCUUCACACCGUUCUUCUACAUCUCUUCAUACGCCGUCUCCAAGGGAGAAUCGUCUUCGACGGCCUUCUAUCUUAUCUCGGCUAUCAAUGCCGCCUCGUUCUUCGGAAGAAUCAUCCCAGGUCACCUUGCCGAUCAUUACGGCUAUUUUAACGUACUCACGCUGUCGUUGCUGUCUUCGGGUAUUAUCGCAUUCACCUGGACGGCGGCCUAUAAUCUACCAGGGAUGAUCAUCUGGUCUAUCGCAUAUGGUUUCACGUCGGGAGCAGUUAUCAGUCUUCAAGGGGCCUGUGCUGGCAAGCUAGCGAAGCCUGGGCAGCAAGGGACAGCAUUCGGGCUGUUAUUUGGCACCAUUUCUGUGACAGCCUUAGUUGGGACACCCAUCAGUGGACAGAUCCUGUCGCGUGGGGGAUAUCUGGAGCUCGGGAUCUGGGCAGGAGUCACGCUUUUAACGGGGGCUGUGAUCCUGAUGGCGGCGAGAGUAAGAAUGGAUCGCAAGAUUCUCGCAGUGUGUUGAUCAGAAUAGAAGGCCAACGAUAAUGAAGUAAUAAUUUGAGUCAUCGAGGUAAUGACUAUCGGCCAGUAUUUUGUUCCUGCGGCCACCAAGCCAGUAUCUGGGAGGUAGCCAAAUGGGUAGUGCGGGGACG